AUGUCAGAUCCUGAGAACAAUGACGGCGUUGUCGAUCAAAACAUGGAGAAUUCUGAUGUAGAGGAAUUUGAGUUGAAGUUGGGUAGUACUUUUGGCGCAAAAAAUGGAUCUUUACCCAAAUCUUAUUAUAAGCUUGUCUAUGAUAGUCAUGAAAAUAUUGAUUUCUCAAAGGCUACCGAUUUGGAAUUUCGAGACGAAGAAACAUUACAGGUUUCCUUUUGCGGAGAUUCGGUAAAUAGACAAGCCCAAGGCGACGAAGUUCAAUUAUUGACCGGACAACGAUUUGAAGAUUACACAGAAGACUUUGAAGAGGAGGAUCUCGAAGCCGAAAAGCAGUGUUUAUUAAUUUAUGAUGAGAAUUCUCGAACGUGGACGCUGGAAUGUAUAGAUUAUAGUUACAAAAUUGGCAAUGACGAGAAAAAUACAAAUAAAGAAUCUCCUGGAUCAGAAUAUUUUGAGCAGAAAUUCGAGUCUGAUUUGAUGCAACAAAGUGAAGAGGAAGUUCAAGAAUUAACCGAGGAUGAAAAUAAUGAAGAACCCGAUAGGUUUAUGAAUGACAGUGAAAUUCAAAUAAAUGAAGAAAAUGGUCACAAUGACGAAAAUGGAGAUGAGUAUUAUGGUGAAGGGUUAUUAUCAGACGAUGGAUUAGAAGAAAUAGAUGAACCCAUUCAGCACGUACACGUAGACCAAAGAGAAAAUGAUGUAUUUGAGGAUGAAAUAAUAAAAGACGAUGGUUCUGAAUCAUCAGGAAGUUCGUCUUCGAAAAGUAGCACGUCCACUGGAACAGAUUCCGAUGAUUCUGAGGAGGAAGCAACUGGUUCUUCCGAUUCAGAUUCUGAUCUGGAGGCUCUGGGAGCACAGUUGACCCAAGAGAUGAUGGAAACGGAAGAAAGUAAACCAGUGGAAACGAGAAAAAAUAUAAACUCUUUAGAACGAAACGUACAAAUUCCAAGCUCACAGCCUACCUCCCUGGCAGCAUUAUUUGGUGGUCAAGGUGCAAGACAAGAAGAACAAGACGAUAGUGAUUCAUCAUCAGCAAGUGACUAA